AUGCGAGAAAAGUGCAUCAUCCUUCUUCUCUUGCUAUGCACUUUGGUCUCGGCCAAGGUGCGCAAAUUCGAGCUCAAUGUCAGCAGGGCCUCUGUGAAUCCCGAUUGUUCUACCAGCGUUGAUAAAUUGGUCGUCAACGGACAGUUCCCCGGUCCGCCAAUCCGUGUCAAGAAGAACGACCACGUCCAUAUCAUUGUUCGUAAUCAUGUACACAACGAAACGACUACGAUGCAUUUCCACGGCAUCAACCAAAUUGGAUCAUUGGAAGCGGACGGAAUGCCAAACGUGACACAAGCCCCUAUUCAACCUGGCCAUGAAUACCAUCAUGAAUUUCAAGUGAUUGGUCAGAGUGGUACCUACUUUUAUCAUGCUCACGUCGGAUUACAAGAAGACACUAUUCAAGGACCUUUCAUUGUUUACGACGACGACGAUUCUUGGCCUGAGGAAUCAAACCAUCAUCACCAUCAUGACAACCACCACCACACUCUCAAAGACGGACCCUACAAGUAUGACGAUGAACGAGUCCUUAUGCUUUCCGAAUGGUGGCAGCAAACAGCCGAAGCUCGCGUGGCCUACGUUAUGGGAGACAACUAUAAAGGCUCGGUGCCAGCAGAUAGUUACUUGAUCAACGGACGUACUAUCCAUAAUACAUCCACCGCUCAUGGUUCCUGCAAGAAAUAUUCAGCGAUUGAUGUAUUGCCGGACAAGACGUAUCGCUUACGUGUCAUUGGUGGUCUAAGUUUUUCGACGCUCGGAAUUUCGAUCGCUCGGCAUACGAUGACCGUCAUUGAAGUGGACGGUAACCUGGUGAAGCCUUAUGAAACCAACUAUUUACAAGUCACCUCGGGUCAGCGAUUCUCGGUGCUUGUGAAGACGGAUCAAGCCCAUGAAAGCUACUUCAUUGGAACGAAGCCCUAUUAUUCGCAAGCCAGUUCCAGUAAUGGUGUUGCCAUCUUCCGCUAUGUCAAGCAUGCUUCAUCUGUUGAUCGUCAGCUGGGUGACCGUAUGUUUGACGCUGUGGCCAAAAACGCCACCGUGCUUGACCAACCUACGUUCCCCGCAAGUACGUCUCAAUGGAUCUUCCCCUACCUUCAACCCGUGAAGCGAUCCCACUUGGACUUUAACAAACCUCCUGACCGUACCAUUAUCAUCACUCCUGUGGAGAAAAAGAUGAAGGAUAACACUACCCGAUGGCUUAUCAACGACCAUCUCGCUCCUCACUGGAAGACGCCGCUGAUUAAUCAAUUGAAAGCAGGCACGCGUCCGGCGUUCAACAUGACUGCCGUUGCACUCAACAUGGAAAACAAGGGCGACGGAUAUGACGAUCACUUGCAAACCUACCCAAUUUUGCACGACGAAAUUGUUGAUUUUGUUAUUCACACAACUACACUCGGUCCCGGUGCCUGCAUUGGUCACCCUUGGCACACCCAUGGACACCCUCAUUACACAAUUGCCCACGGACCAGGCGCUUACGAUCAUAAGCGAGAUGCAUCCAUUCGGUCCUACCCUACCCCCAUCGAAAGAGACACUUCCUUUAUUUUCCCCGACGAUAGCAGGUUAACCAUGGGUCAAGGUGGCGGUGUGCCUUGCGGAUGGACCAAGCUUCGAUUCCAUGCAACGAAUCCAGGUCUAUGGGCCUUCCACUGCCAUAUCACCAGUCAUAUGUUGCAAGGCAUGAUGACCGUCUUGGAGGUUGCAACAGAUAGACAUCAUAAUGCUCAUCAGCAUCAUCAACAUUAA